CUUUGAAUUCCGAAUUCCUCACCGAAAAGGGACCCUUGGGCGAGUCAGCCGCCGGUGGGCCGGCCCCGGUGACAGGCCGUCUUUUUCUCAUCGUCCACAGGGCCCGGGCCGAGCCCGUGCGCCUUCAAGUUGGCGCCGAAAUAUGAGUUUUCCACUCCCCUCAUCCCCACUCGCUCAGUGGGUGGGCACCAGGAGAUUGUCUUUCUUCAUUGGGAGUGGUACGGAGGGGGGGUAAACAGACCAGAACACGAAUGCACUUCUCCAUGUAUUAUCUGUGUCAGUGGUGCUUCUUUUUCUGCUUCCGAAGAUGUGGCUAUUGUUGUUGAGGUGCCGGUCUGCCAUAAAGCCGGAGGAGACCAAUGCGCUGCGUGGCGCCUUCUCGUCAAUCUACAGUUCGGCCAAAUGGGGGAGGAACAAGGACGGGAAGGGGCACAGCGGCGCGGGCAGCACCGAGGAGGCAACAGACAACUUUCGCCUGUUGCUGGAGGACUUUCUGCGACAGCGAAACAUCAGGUCUGUCGUUGAUGCGGGAUGCGGCGACUGGUACAACAGAGACAGACAGACAGACAGACAGAGCACAGAGCCCCGCCCGCCAUGCACGUCUAUGUGCAUUGCAUUGCAGGGAGUGGACACAGUUUGUGGAUUGGCGUCCCGUAGAGGAAUACACAGGUGUGGAUGUGGUGCCGUCCGUCAUUGCUCGCAAUCAGGACUUGUAUAGCAGCCACAACAGGACUUUCCACGCGAGGAGCAUCUUGAAAAGGGACAACCUGCCUCCUGCAGACGUGAAGAACCGACAGAAGAAGACCAAUUACCACACAUAACCUCUCUUUCCGGCUUCAUUCUGUUGCAGCUGUUGAUGUCCAAGGAUGUGUUGCAGCACCUGCCUACACCGAUGGUACACCAAUUCAUUGCGAACCACCUCAGUGCUCACGACGGCCGAUACAAGUACAAGUAUGCCCUCUUGACUAACGAUAGAUGCAACGUGACAAGAUUGCAUCGCCGCUGCGUGGACAAUCGGGACCUGGGCCAGCCAGGCGGCUGGCGCGAGGUGAAUCUGGCUCUCCCGCCCUUCUCUCUGCCGGCGUUUGACUUCUAUCGGUGGCCUCACCAUUGGUGGGAUGACAACGAAAGGGAGAAGGUCACGGUGCUGAUGGACUUCACUAGGGUAUAGACGUGCCCGAAAAACUAGGAGACAGCUGAGUAGUGCCACAACAUGUAGCGUCCAAUACCGUCAGCGAAUAUUGCCGCCGAUGUCGAGGACACGAAAUGCGGCUGGCAAGUGGAGACAUAAUAUAUGACCCACCCGUUCAUAGUUGGGCUUCGGAAGGUAUGACUCUUUCGGCGUGUGGGCGCUGCCUCUGAAGUGGCUUCUUGUGCCAACUGCCCCCUUCACGACACUCAACGAUGCUGUGCUUCGGACCUUCAGCGUCAGCCUCAGAGUCAGCCGGCAAAGCUCGAAAACUCAGAGUCAGCCCUGAAACUGGACUGUCAGGGGUGUGAUUGAUUGAAGGCUUAAUUUGAAGCUGCAGGAGGCGAAUUGCCCAAGGUCUUUUCCUUUGAAUAUGCACCAAGCUGGUGGCAGCAAAUAUUGGACUCUCGUCGUGCGGCUGUUGCUUUGAAUAUGCCCUCGUACUCAUAAUCAUCAGAAUGAUGAAAAAGCGAGUGAUCUGCUUGCGUUCCAUGAGGCAACGCCGAACUGCAAGGGACCAACGGCAAUUGCUGGAGAUGAGUCAUCUUCUCUUCCUCUCACCGAACACGUGCAGAUACUGGCCAUCACACUCAGAAUCAAAAGAGGACGCGCCGUAAAAG